AUGGAGGAAGGAGAGUACGAUAGGGAUUCAAGCGCAAAGAAAAAGCCCCAGACAUUGGCACCCUGGCACCUUAUGUACGACUUCGUUCAGCAUGAGGGCAUCAUCUUUGCAACCCAUCCAAGCGUAGAGACGGGCAGUAGCACCGCCAUCCCCAGACUUCUUCCCCACAAAUCCAGACAAUCCUUGGAAAGGAUCACCGCGCGAGGGUCAUGGAUGGUGGCGGGUAGCAGCAGCAGCAGCAGCAGCAGCAGCAGCAACCGUGAACUUCAUCUCGGCAUUAGCGAUGAUGGCUUAUUGGCUUUGGCUUGCCCUGCUAGUGGCAGAAAGAAAAGGUUAAGGUGGCUUUCCAAGUUCCCUAUUUGUCCCUCCAUCCUUAUAUCCUUUUUGCUCUUCUUACUCCGCAGUCGCGGGAAUUAGGCUAAUAACCUGACUGACAAGACUGACCAUGCACGUUCAGCUGCAUAUGCGACAUAAUCAGAGCUUGCUGCCUGCUAGCAAGGGGAAAGUCAUUGAUGUGAGGCCACUAAGUGGAUUUAGCCGGGUUCAGCCAGUCGCAAGUGAGAUCGCAAUUGCUGGGUC